AUGGUAAUGAAGGAGUUGCUAGACGAGAGCAAUAAUGCACAACCCCAACAAAAUGAUUCAUCCAAUUCCCAGCAAAAUUAUUCAUCUGAUUCAAAGGCCGACGAAACUAUUAAACGUGUAAGAAGAAGUCCAAAUCAUGAAAUAGUUUCACAAGCACUGAAUUUUAUGAAAUCGGUCUAUCGGAUAUAUAAAACAAAAAGGUAA